AGCGCCGUGGGGCCGGCGAGGGCGGGGCGGGCCGGGGCGGCGCGGCGCGGGGCGGGGCUGGCCGAGCCUGCGCGGGGCGACCUGCGCCCGCCGCGCUCGCGGACGCUCGGGGCGGCCCGGCUGGUGCGCCCGCCGCCGCCGCGCCGCUGCCAUGUGGCUCCAGCCCGAGGAGGUGCUGCUCAAGAGCGCGCUGCGCCUGUGGGUGACCCAGAGGAGCAGCGGCUACUUCGUCCUGCAGCGGCGCCGCGGGCACGGCGAGGGGGGCGGCCGCCUCACCGGUCGCCUGGUGGGAGCCCUGGACGCGGUGCUGGACUCCAGCGCGCGGGUGGCUCCGUUCCGGAUCCUGCUGCAGGUGCCGGGGUCCCAGGUCUGCUCUGCGAUCGCGUGCGGCAGUACAUGUUCACCGUCCAGAAUUAAAGCAGGGGCGACGCUGGAGGAGGUGGAGCAGCACUGGGACUGGCUGGAGCGGAACCUGCUGCACACCCUGCCCGUCUUCGACAGCAAGGAGGACGUCGCCAGCUUCGUCAAAGGGAAGGUGCAGGCCCUGAUCGCUGAGGAGUCCAGCAGCCGGCUGGCCGCGCAGGAGGAGGAGCCCGAGAAGUUCCGAGAGGCCUCGGUCAAGUUUGAGUCCAGGUUCCAGCUCCCGGAGGCGGAGAGGCUCGUCACCUACUACUCGUGCUGCUGCUGGAAGGGCCGGGUGCCCCGCCAGGGCUGGCUGUACCUCAGCGCCCACCACCUCUGCUUCUACUCCUGCUUCCUGGGCAAGGAGCUCAAACUUGUGAUCCCGUGGGUUGACAUCCAGAAGUUAGAGAAAACGUCCAGCGCCUUCCUGACGGCCACCAUCCGCGUCAGCACGCCCAGCGAGGAGCGGGACUUCUCCAUGUUCCUGGACCUGGAGGGGGCGCUGCAGGUCAUGGAGCAGCUGGCCGACGUGACGCUGCGCAGGCUGCUGGACGAUGAGGGCUUUGACCUGGACCCCCCCCUGCAGGAGCCCAGCCAGAUCACCAAGAGGGACCUGGAAGCCCGGGCGCAGAGCGAGCUGUUCCGGGCCGUCUUCAGGCUGCCACGGCGGGAGAGGCUGCACGCCGUCCGGGACUGCGCCCUGUGGACGCCCUUCAGCCGCCGCCACACUGCCGGGCGCCUGUUCACCUCCGACAGCUAUAUCUGCUUCGCCAGCAGGGAGGAGGGCUGCUGUCAGGUCCUCCUCCCGCUCCGAGAGGUGCUGAGCAUCGAGACGAUGGAGGACACGAGCCUGCUUCCCAGCCCCGUCCUCGUCAGUGUGCGGGGCCAGGCGGCCUUCCAGUUCAUCGAGCUGAAGGACAGGGACGCGCUGGUGGAGGCGCUGCUGGGCCGGCUGCGGCGGGUGCGGGCCGCCCACCCCGCGCACCACGGCGCCUCGCAGGGUGACGACAGGACGCCGCUGCCGCUUCAGUCAACAAGCGCCUGCAGCGACCACACGUUUGGGGACCUGGAAAUGGUGUCUUCUCAGGGCAGCGAGGAGAGUGGAGAGGAGGCCCCGGGCGCUGUCCUGCCAAUGUCCAGGGAAGAGGUAAAGAUUAGCCUGUGGAAGGACCACUUUGUGGAGUACGGCAGGACCGUGUGCAUGUUCCGCACGGAGAAGAUCCGGAAGCUGGUGGCCAUGGGCCUCCCCCAGUGUUUGCGUGGCCGGCUCUGGCUGCUCUUCUCAGAUGCCGUAACCGACCUCGCCUCGCAUCCCGGCUACUACGGGCGCCUGGUGGAGGAGUCCCUGGGGAAUUGCUGCCUGGCCACGGAGGAGAUCGAGCGGGACCUGCACCGGUCCCUGCCGGAGCACCCCACCUUCCAGACCGAGACGGGCAUCGCCGCUCUGAGGAGGGUCCUGACAGCCUACGCCCACCGCAACCCCAGGAUCGGGUACUGCCAGUCCAUGAACAUCCUGGCCUCCGUGCUGCUGCUCUACGCCACCGAGGAGGACGCCUUCUGGCUGCUGGUUGCUGUGUGCGAGCGCAUGCUCCCCGACUACUUCAACCGCCGGGUGCUGGGCGCCCAGGUGGACCAGUCCGUGUUUGAGGAGCUCAUCCAGGAGCAGCUGCCGGAGCUGGCGGAGCGCCUGCGCGACCCCUCGGCCCUGGCGUCCCUGUCGCUCUCCUGGUUCCUGACGCUCUUCCUCAGCAUCAUGCCCCUGGAGAGCGCUGUGCACGUGGUCGACUGCUUCUUCUACGACGGCAUCAAGGUCAUCUUCCAGCUGGGGCUGGCCGUGCUGGAGGCCAACGCCGGGGCCCUGUGCAGCAGCCGGGACGACAGCCAGGCCCUCGUGCUCCUCAGCAGGUUUCUAGAUCACAUCAAGAACGAGGACAGCCCUGGGCCCGCCAUGGGCAGCCACGCCUUUGUCUCCGAGGACCAGGAGCCCCCUCCGGUGACGGACAUUGGGGACCUGAUCCGCGACUCCUAUGAGAAGUUCGGGCACCAGUCGGUGGGGCAGAUUGAACGCAUGCGCUGCAGGCACAGGAUCCGGGUCCUCCAGGGCCAUGAGGGCACCACCAAGCAGAAUGUGCUCCGCGUGGUCAGCCCUGAAGUCUCGUUCCCCCUUGGCGACCUCGAGGAGCUCUAUGACUUGUUCAAGCGGGAGCACAUGCUGAGCUGCUACUGGGAGCAGCCGCGGCCCGGGCCCGCCCGCCACGACCCCAGCCGCCCCUACGCCGAGCAGUACCGCAUAGACAGCCGGCAGUUUGCACGCCUGUUCCAGCUGGUCUCGCCAUGGACCUGCGGGGCACACACGGAGAUCCUCGCUGAGAGGACCUUCCGGCUCCUGGACGACAACAUGGACCAUCUUAUCGAAUUCAAAGCAUUUGCCAGCUGCCUCGACACUAUGUAUAACGGAGAAAUGAAUGAGAAAAUUAAACUGCUCUACAGGCUCCACGUUCCUCCCGCCCUCACUGAAGAUGACCAAGACAGCCAGUCGCCACUGAAGAACCCUCUGCUGUCCACAUCAAGACCCCUGGUCUUUGGGAAAGCAAAUGAUGAUGCCUCCGACUACAAGAAACAGCUAAAGCAGAUGAUUAAGGAUUUAGCCAAAGAAAAAGCUAAAUCUGAGACCGAGCUGCCCCAAAUGAGCCAGAAAGAAUUUAUCCAGUUCUGUAAAACUUUGUACAGCAUGUUCCACGAAGACCCAGAGGAAAACAACUUGUACCAAGCCAUUGCCACCGUCGCCACGCUCCUGCUACAGAUCGGGGAGGUGGGGCAGCACAGCAGCAGCAGCAGCUCCAGGAGCUGCUCCCAGGACAGCGGGGGGGCGGCGCAGGCCUCAGCACCGUCUCCUGAGCAGGACUCUGUUUUUAUGGACACGGACACUGGGGCAGCUCCCCAGAACACCAGGGCAUUUCCUGAAGAGGCGGAAGGGGACUGGACAAUCUCCCUUGAACACAUUUUAGCUUCACUUCUGACUGAACAGUCAUUAGUAAACUUUUUCGAAAAGCCACUGGACAUUAAAUCCAAACUUGAAAAUGCCAAGAUCAAUCAGUACAACCUCAAAACUUUUGAAAUGAGCAGCCAAUCACUGCCUGAACUUAAGCAAGAUAGUGACUUGCUGAGAUGAGUUGGCCAUAACAAAGCAAGAACCACCCAUUUGUGGAUUGUCAGCCCCAUAAAUCCAGAUUUCAGUCUCAUUCAUUCUGAGUCUAGUCUUCGUUCUGGGCAUCCAGGUAAGCAACCUGACAGAACUCCAACUGUGGCCAGAACUGAUGCAACCCUCAACAUUGUGUUAUUAAAAGGGAGAGACAUUGACGUUGGUUGCCUCCCAUACAAACCCUGGCCUGGCAUGGGACCUGCAACCUGUCAUGUGCCCUGACUGGGAAUCAAACCCGUAGCCUUCCGGUGCGCAGAAUGCUGUUCCAACAAACUGAGCCGCAGCAGCUAGGCCAGGCUGUUUGACCAUCAGAUUCACUGAAAUAGGCACCACUGCUGUGAUGCUUUCAUUCAGAUAGAACAUGGGUCCAAUGCUUGAUGCUAACCCAGACUAAGAAAUGCCCAAGCUCAUUCUUCACUUGGAUAAUGGGAGGUCUAGAGUCAAGUUCACUUUGAAGAUCUAAGAGCCACUGUCUGUGCAAUUGCAUCUGGCUUUUUCUUUGCACAAAUUUUGUUUCAAUGCUGGUAAUUGAAACCAUUUUAAUAUAUUUGGUUGUAUUCACUUUCCUUACAAAAAUGUUGUGUAUAAAUCAUGCUAUCAAUGUUGGCCUCCAAGAUUUUUAAUAAGAAAUUUUUGUACCGA